AUGGAUCCGUUCCGGGGCUUGUUUGUCAAACUGGACCAGAACAAGGAUGGGCUCAUAUCGCUGGAUGAACUCCACGAAGAGAUGAGGAAACAUGGGAUCCUGUCUGCGGAUGGAAAGGUCCAGAAUAUCAUUAAUUUAUAUGACAAAAACAAAGAUGGCCUUCUGGAUUACAAAGAGUUCCUCAGCUACAUGAUGGACAGAGAGAAGAAGUGGAAAAUUUACUUUAAUGACCUUGACAAGAACAAGUGUGGAGUGAUUGACCAGGAGGACAUCAUAUGUUUGUUUAAGGAAUUAGGAGUGGUCAUUUCAAAGCCCAAUGCAAAAAAAAUUAUACAAAUGAUGGAUAAGGACAGCUCCAUGACGGUGGACUGGGGGGAAUUCCUGCACCACAUCAUCCUAAACCCUGUGGACAACAUCGGGGAGCUGGUGUUGUCCUGGAAACAUAACCUGGUUUUCGAUGUGGGGGAGAGCCGUGCGAUGCCCAUCGAGUUCCCAGAGGAGGCGUCUGGAUUCGGGGCCUGGAGAACGUUUGUGCUGGCAGCCGGACUCUCCGAUGCCGUGUCCCGGACAGUGACAGCCCCCAUAGACCGUCUGAAAACCCAGCUUCAGGUCAGCGGGUCCAAGACCCUCUCGAGGGGCUUUCAGGAGAUGAGGGCAGGCGGUCUGCGGUCCAUGUGGCAAGGCAACGCCGUCAAUGUGCUGAAGGGAACGCCACAGUCCACACUGCAGUGCCUCAUCUACGCACAGAUGAAGGUUUACACACAAAACAGAAGCCAGGAGACUCUGACGGUGCAGCAGCGCUUCGGCUUGGGUUGCAUCUCGGGAGCAGUCGCUCAUGCUGUCUUCUACCCAUUAGAGGUGCUGAAGGUGAGGCUGAACCUGCAGCAGGCCGGCACGUAUCAGGGCGUCACGGCCUGCGCCCGAUCCAUCUACAGACAGGAGUCGUUAUCCUCCUUUUAUAGAGGUUUCAAGCCCAGCAUCCUCUGCAUGAUCCCCUAUGCCGGUGUGGAGUGUGCAGUUCACCAGUCAAUCAUGAGCUGGGCGAGAAGCAAUCCGGCCUACAACAGCGACUCCAAACUGUUUUUCUUCAGCUUCGUGGCCUUUGCCUCUGGGCAAAUGAGCAGCUACCCGCUGGCUGUGAUCCGAACUCAGCAGCAGGCCCAAGCUUACAGCUCAGGCUCUCAAUCUGCCUCGGGCGUAUAUUCCGGACUUAUUGGGAUAUAUGAGAGAAAUGGGUUUAGAGGAUUUUAUAACGGCAUGGGAGCCAGCUUCGUCAGAGCUGUUCCAUGUGCGCUGAUAAACUACACCCUGACCACCAAGUUUGAAAGUGUGUUUUCUUCCAUGGAGUCUUGA